AUGUGUAUAGCAAUAGACAAUCAAGAUUCUUUAAUCAAUCCUUCAUUUUUGGAUGAUGCUUAUUAUGAUGGUGAUCAACAAACACCACAACAAAUUGAAUAUUUUCAAGCAAUUAAUUGUUCAAUACAAUGUAUACCACAUUGGUUUGAACCUGUUUUAUCACAAAAACAAACAUUAGUUUAUCCAACAUCAGCAUCUAUUUCACUUAAAUGUCCAUAUCGAGCUAAACCAAAAGCUAAAAUAACAUGGUUUAAAGAUGGACAAAUAUUUAUACCAGAAUUAAUUGAAUUGUUUUCAAUUGAUGAUAUGUAUUUAAAUAUUACUAAAGCAACAAUGUAUGAUGCAGGAAUAUAUACAUGUAUUAUUGAAAAUAGUUUAGGAAAUAUAAGUCGAUCAUUUCAAUUAAUUGUACAAGGUCGUAGUCUUGAUCGACCAGUAUUUACAUCUAAAUCAACAAAUUUAACACAAUAUGAAGGUGAUAAUAUAACAUUUGAAUGUGCAUUUUAUUCGGAUUCAAGUCCAUUUGUUCAAUGGUUUGUUCGACGACGAUCAAAUAAAAUUCAAAAUAAUGAUCAACUUAACGAAUUAGAAUUUAUUAAGGAAUAUAAUCCACAUACAAUGUCUGAAGAUGAAGUUAAAUUAUUAAAUAUAAAUAAUGUACAACGUAAUGAUACAGGUGUUUAUCUUUGUCGAGUUUUAAAUGAAUAUGGUUUUGCUGAUUUAAUUCAUCAUCUUAUUGUUUUACCUGCAUCUGAACGUCCAUCAUUAUUAAGAAAUAUUUCAAUAGGUACACGUCGUUAUAUAUCAAAUAGAUUUCCUGAUGAAUUAAUUAUAACUAUUGCUUGUAUAAUUGGAAUAUUAUUAUUUACAUUUAUAUUUUUUCUUAUUUAUCAUUUUCGUAAUCAAAAAAGUUUACGACAAACAUUAUUAGCAACAAGAAUUUUAGCUACACGUGGUAUUAGUAAUUUAAAAACUAAUCAACUUUAUCGAAGUGAUAUUGAUCCUAAAACAAGAAAACCAUUAAUAGAAGAUGGAUGUCGUCGUUUUCCAACUGAAGGAACAAUAUCAACAAUUAUUUCAUCAUAUUAUGAUGAUCAAUGUGAAUUUCCUCGUGAAAAUCUUACUAUUGGUCAUUUAAUUGGUAAAGGUGCAUUUGGUUUUGUAUUUCAAGGUUUAGCUAAAAAUAUUAAUUCAAAAGAAAAAAUAACAACUGUUGCAAUUAAAACUGUUCGAGAUGAUGCAACAUCAGAAGAAAUUGAAAAUUUACUUAAAGAAUUAUCUGUUAUGAAAAUGGUUGGUAAACAUACUAAUAUCAUAUCAUUACUUGGUUGUUGUACAAAAGGAGGUCAAGUUAUGUUAAUUGUUGAAUAUGCAAAAUAUGGUAAUUUACGUGAUUAUUUACGUCGUAAACGUCCAUCCGGACAUAUUUUAUCGGGUUCAUAUGAACAAGAUGAAAAUGAUAAUGCAUAUAAACAAGAUGAUAAUGAUGAUUUAAUAAAUUCCUUAACAACAAUUGAUUUAAUUUUUUUUUGUUUACAAAUUGCAAUUGGAAUGGAAUAUUUACAUUCGAAAAAAUGUAUACAUCGUGAUCUUGCUGCACGAAAUGUUCUAUUAGCAGAAAAUCGUAUAUGUAAAAUAGCUGAUUUUGGACUUGCAAGAGAUUUGACACAAACAUAUUAUUAUCGAAAACAAACCGAUGGUCGUGUACCAGUGAAAUGGAUGAGUCCUGAAGCAUUAUUUGAUAGAAAAUUUUCAACAAAAAGUGAUGUAUGGUCAUUUGCUAUAUUAGCAUGGGAAAUAAUGACAUACGGUGGUACACCAUAUCCAUCAAUAGCUGCUGAACAAUUAUUUGAUUAUUUAAAAAAUGAAAAUCGAAUGAAUCAACCAGCAAAUUGUCCAAAUGAAAUUUUUCAAUUAAUUGAAUUAUGUUGGACAUUUAAAGAAUCAUUACGACCAACAUUUACUCAAAUAUGUGAAAAUCUUCGAGGUUAUUUAUAUGGUUCAUCACCACUUGAUUAUUCCGAUUUAGAUUAUGUAGAUUUUCCUCCAUUAUCAUCACCAUCAAUGAGUGAUUUUGCAUCAACAACUGUUUUACCUAUAUCAACAUCAGGUAUUGCAACUGAUACAAAUAGUCAUAGUCAAACAACAACAGCAGCUACAUCAUCAUCAUCACUUUCAUAA